AUGAAAUGCCCCAUGCUCCUGCCCCUUCUCCUGCUGGGGACAGUUUCUUCUCUUUAUCUGGAGAACGAUGCCUCCCAUCUGGGCAGCAGAGAGGCUGACCUGAGCCAGGAUCUGGAAGGUUCGGGGGAACAGGAGGGAGAGCUGGCCCUGAAUUAUGGAGUGCUUGAGUCAGAGGAAGAGGAGGCUGUGGCUUCCAGCUAUCAAGAUGCGUUUGAGGAUGAGGAGGCCAUGGAGUCAGACCCAGCUGCCCUAGACAAGGAUUUGCAGUGCCCUAAGGAAGAGGACACAAUUCAACUUCCAGGCAGUCCUGGGCGCAAGACCUGCAGAAUCCUGUUGGUGCGGACCCCGAAGAACUUUAGGCAAGCUCAGAGUAUAUGCAGGAAGUGCUACCGAGGCAAUCUCGUCUCCAUCCACAACUACAGUUUCAACUAUCGCAUCCAGUGCUGGGUCAGUAGGAUCAACCAAGCACAGGUCUGGAUCGGAGGCUUCGUCAGGGGCAGGGGCAACAGAUUUUUCUGGACGGAUGGCAGUAGCUGGAAUUUUGCAUACUGGGCCCCAGGGCAACCUAGGAAUGGGAGAGGCUGCUGUGUGGCUCUGGGCAUCAGAGGGGGUUACUGGCAACGAGCUCGAUGCGGAAGCCGUCUGCCCUUCGUCUGCUCCUUCUAA